AUGAUAGAACUAUGGGCGCGAGGCGGCGUUGGAAGCAAGUGGAUAGCCUACUUUAAACUUUCAGAUAUCACAGCCGUGGCGGACGGCUGGGAUGAAUUGACGUCCACAAAAAUGGCUAGUACCCCAGAAAUCCUAUCAUAUCUUCUCAAAACGCCUCCCAAGUCAUCUCACUCGAUCGCAUAUAACUACCUAGUUCCCAAUAUCAAGGGGCUUCAAAAUCUAGUUAACAUAAUGGACAAUGACAGUCCACCAGCCUCUGAAUCUUCCGACUCCAACACGCUUCCAAAGCCCACCACUGAGAUUUCCCUGUUUGCCGCUGCAACAGAAGCAUUCUCGAAAGCGAACACUAACUGCACUAUUGAAGAGUCCCUCGAACGCAUUCGGCCCAUAGUAGCUCUUGCCAAGGAGAAAAAUAUUCGCGUGCGCGGAUAUGUAUCCGUGGCGCUUGGAUGCCCCUAUGAAGGUCCUGAUGUCUCUCCUCACAAGGUUGCUGAAAUAACAGCUACUCUACUCGAAAUGGGCGCAGACGAAGUUUCCGUCGCUGACACUACGGGAAUGGGCACUGCACCUCGGACAUUAAAAUUGUUACAAACCCUUACCUCCGCUGGCAUUGCCAUACGGAUCUCGCGCUCAUUUCCACGACACGUAUGGCCAAGCGCUCGUAAAGCACCAAUGUGGGUCUGGAACAUGAUAGUAUACGCAUCAACAUCGAAGAGGGGUAGGAAAAAGAAGUUGGAUGAUGACGGUAGAUCACAAUGCCACGACAACCAUGUCGAGCAAGACGGCAGACACGCAGAUAUCGACAAAUUUGAUCGGCAAUGUGUGGAUGAAAGUAUCGAUGAAAGGCUUUGGCAAGAAGGAAUCUGCACUGAGUCCAAACAUAAAUACCCAGACAAACCCCAGGAUACUCAGUUUUUUCCAGCACAGCUCCAGUUCCAACCAAUUUCAUUACACUUGCAAGGUCAAAAGUCAAGCACGAUAAAGAAAUUCUCCUGCGGAGACUGGGCAUGGGGUAGUUUCGCCGCCCGGUGCAACCAUGAAUAUCGAAUGGGCGAGACUUGCGGCAUGAAACUUGUUCACAGCACCGAAAAUAUCCAAACGCAAUGUAAACUGUGUGAGAAAAUCGACACCAAAUGCCGCCGACGAAACACAGAGAUCGAAAGGCUCGCACGGUGGCAGCGGGAGGGUGGCACACUCAAGGCGUCAAUGGAAAAAAGCAGUGCUGAGAUCAGGGCGCUAGAGGAGGAGAUCCGGCAGUUGGAGUAUGAGAGGUUGAUGAAACAGAAAAACAUUGGAAAGUAA